UUUAUUUGUUUUAUUAUUAUUUUGCACCUGCUGCUCAUUCCCAUGCAAAAAUCCCAUCCAAGUGGCAGCUUGCUCUGAGCUUAGGUAAUAACGUGCUAUUGAGCCAACAAAGACAGAUAAAUAGGUCUUAUGUCAGUCAAAGCAACUUUAGAGCUUCGUUGUUUGCAUGCAUCACGUUAACCCCAGGCAGAAAUAAGGCAAAGAAGGACCAUAGGUACCAAGAACAAUUGAGAGAUCAGGACUUGAAAUGCUGUUCAUAUGAACUCGUGGUCAUAAAGUUCACUUGCAGAAGUGUUUAAUGAUUUGGAGUUCCUGAACGAGGAGCAGCACGUUAGCAAGAGCUGUGGCAGCUUGCCAGGGGAGCACGCACAUCCAGGAAGCUAGCACAUCCAUUUCUUCUUUUGUGUUAUCAACAGAUUAAAAUGGGAAAGGACAAUCUCAUAGCUUCAAAUGGCUUAAUUUAGAGAAGACCCCCUCAGCCAUCUUGCCAGUAGAUGUAUAACCUCCUGCAGAAGGAUAAGGGGCAAGCACGUCAUGCUUCUCCCAGCAUGAGCGGAGGUCUCAUGCAAGCUGGAAAGCAAGUCCUGGGCUUUUCCUGUAUGUGUCUAAGACAUGCUGAAAAGGAAGCGCAAAAAGGACUGGGGUGCGGACAAGUUAGGUGUUUUAUUAAUAGCAGGUUGAGUGUAAUUGCAGCCCCCUAGCUAGGGGCUCCUGGUUAACAGCUGUACAGUGCCAGGCAUUUAGGUUUGGAAGCUUAAAGCUGGUUCAGAUAACUAGGCGGAGGCUUGUUCUUGCCUGAUUGUAGUUGGAUCUAUUUGCCACACACUGCUGAUCUCGGGAAGGUUUAUACUUCUCUGUGGACAAGCUAUUCUAUGACUGAAGAAAGCCCCUUUACAGCCAUUAUUGUGGAACAUUGUUACAGGCUGUGUUGGGCCUCUUUGGUUUAGGGUUGGUUUUCUGGUUUGUCCUAGUAAUUCCUGCAUGUAGGCCUGAUCUUUUUCAAAAAGAGAUAUAGAAGGAAGGUAUUGAGAAAGGUGGCAGGCUGGCUUCAAACUCUCUGCACUUAGCCUACUCUUUGUUAGCCUGAGUUGAACCUUGUGCUUCAGAGCAAGUCUUGCAGACCGAUGCAGAUGGGUAGAGUCUGUUGCUCAUGUCCCCUUGACGUCUCCCAUGCUAUUUAUACUCUGAGAGCAUCAGCAUCACUUACGCUUUUGUAAGGCGCAGUCUACUCAAGGAAUUAAUGGAUUCCUGGACUUGGGAAGGACAUUGAUUUGCUUUAUUCGGAGGCACCCUGACAGUUCAUAUUUGUCACCAAAUUCUCCCUCUUGGUUUGUUCAUUAAUCUGCUGUGUGGGAAUAUGUGAUGACCUCGUCUGUCUCCCUGCAUAGGAGAACAUUUCAGUGCGCUGCUUCAUGCUUUAGCAGGUGCUUAAAAUAGCUGAUGUUUUGUAACAAGCUGGGAUUUCUCCCUUUACUCUGGAAAGAGGGCUUGCUGUGGUGCAUGAGUACUCAGUGAGUUGUCCCUGAGCAGGUGGCUUCCACGGCCCCAAAGAAGCAACUCCUUGCAGGUCUUGUCAUCCAGAACUUCAUGCAAAUGUUAGGCCUGCAUGCAUCUCCAUCAGGGUUUCUGUGCCGCACCACUAGUCAAACGCUGAGUACCCUGCAUUGGUGAGGAAAAAAUAGAGCCAGAAGUUUCUUCGUGUGCUGGGUGACUUCUCUGGGUGGACAAGCUCCAUGGAUUGGAUCAUCUCAGGGAAUGUCAGAUGUCUUAUCGAUGCCAUGCUUAAUGCACUGUUCUUUCCUUCUUUAACUUGUGUGCCUUGGGCAAACACCUCUUGUGCAAGGAGGAAACAUGUCUGAUGCAGCAGAUUGUGUUCCCAGGCUUCUUGCUCCCGAGGGAGGGCAGAACCAGGCACUGGAAACCUUCCACACAUCAGUGCGAUUUUGUUUAGUUGGAGGUUUGGUUUUGUUGUGUUUGGGGGUUUUUGUGCAUGUUUUUGUUUAUUUUUUUCUCCACAAACAGUGCAGUUCCUCAUUGACCCACCUGGAGGAGCUGAAACAGACAGUGCAACGACAUGUCCUGUAGCCAGGCUGCCUUCACCCUCCUCCUCACACUUUACUAUGCAAAAACACACUCAUUUUCUGUCUUGUCCUCCUUUCAGACAGACAUCCCAGGGGAUCAUAUCCACCAGCAACUUGGUUUUGGGUCGUUUCUUGGAAUAAUUGGAUCAAACUUGAUAGAAAACAAAAGGCAAAUGCUGGUUGCAUCGAUCGUCUUCAUCAGCUUUGGCGUCAUUGCUGCGUUCUGCUGUGCCAUAGUAGACGGUGUCUUUGCCGCCAGACACAUAGACCUGAGGCCGCUGUACGCGGGGCGAUGUCAGUACUACUCCAAGAGUACGACCCAACCAGAGGCAAUCUGUCACCCGCAGCGCCGUGCACCCUGCACACCAAAAAUAAAAACCAACACCUGCUUCUGCUGUGACCUGUAUAACUGUGGAAACAGAGUAGAGAUUUCUGGAGGCUACUAUGAGUACAUUGAUGUCAGCAGCUGCCAGGACAUCAUCCACCUUUACCACCUGCUUUGGUCAGCAACCAUUCUGAACAUAGUGGGGCUGUUCCUAGGGAUCAUUACAGCCGCGAUACUUGGAGGCUUUAAAGACAUGACUCCAUCCCUCCCUACGCUGAACUGUACGGUUGAAAAUGCGCACCCUUCGGUGUCCUACUACUCAAGGCCACAGGUGGCAUCUUACAACACUUACUACCACAGCACUCCUCACCUGCCUCCCUACUCCGCAUACGACUUUCAGCAUUCCAGCGUGUUUCCAGCUUCCACUCCUUCUGGGCUCUCCGAUGACCCCCAGUCAAUGUCGCCAUCUCCCAGCUAUAUGUGGUCCUCUAAUGCGCCACCUCGUUACUCGCCACCGUAUUUUCCACCUUUUGAAAAGCCACCACCUUAUACACCAUAAAGAAUGUGGGAAAGAAGAAAAAAUAUUUACCAUUUAAAUAAUUGUGAACAUUUUGUACUUAUAUUUUACUGUGGGAGGGAGCAGGAGGAUAGAUACAGAAGAUAAUUGCAAAUAUGAAUAUUAGAUUGGACUGUUCUUUCUUGCGAGACUUAUUUCAGAGGUUUAUCAACGGAGUGUGAGGAAGGAGACAUACUACUGAUGUUUUGCAGUGUCGGUGAGUAGCGGGUCACCUAAAUUCCAGCCUCCUUGUGUUACCGUGAGGUUCAUGUAGUCCUUGGUUUUUAAUAAAGUGAUACAACACAGAUGAUA